AUGCUGGGUUUCCCUGGUAUUCCAGGAUCAAAUGGGAUACCGGGAGUGCCGGGCGUCCCGGGGCCACACGGACCCCAGGGAAGGGACGGUGUAAAAGGACAAAUUGGUGAUAAAGGAUCGCAAGGAAUUCCGGGUCCAAGAGGAGACAGAGGGCGCGAAGGACCUCCUGGGAAGAGUGGAUCCCGAGGAAUUAAGGAAAUAAAAGGUCAACAAGGACUUCUGGGAAUGAAAGGAGAGCCAGGCAUUGCGGGAAUGAAAGGAGAGCAAGGAGCUGUGGGAAUGAAAGGAGAGCGAGGCAUUGUGGGAAUGAAAGGAGAGCAAGGAGCUGUGGGAGUGAAAGGAGAGCGAGGCAUUGUGGGAAUGGAAGGAGAGCGAGGCAUUGCGGGAAUGAAAGGAAGAAAAGGAGACAAAGGAGAGAAAGGAGAAAGCGCCAAAGCAAGUCAAGCAAGUGCAGUACCACAAACCAACUGGAAACAAUGUGUGUGGACAUCAUGGAGCGACACUGAUAACGGAAAGAUUAAGGUAAUUAGAAAAAGAAUCAUAACACACUCCUAAGAAAAUUUGUUCUUUUUUGAAUUAAAAUGUUUCAAAGAAGAACGUCUCCCCUCUCAUUCACCGUUUGCCAACACAUUACAUAAAUAACUAUUUAGUUACAUUUCCCUCAAUUUUGGUUCUUUUCGAACGAGAAAAAGAAAAACCAUCGUGCGUGAGAAAAUGAUUCCUGGGCAUAUGGAUAAAGACAAGAAAAAUUUAAGCUAUUACAGAGUUUUUAAACAUUAGGAAGUAAUCUUGACUGGAGUUGUUAGUAUCAAUCAUUACACACGGUUGCUCGCCUUAGCACAAUAUGUUUGAUUUGUUUGCUUUUAUUCCAGGACUGUGCGUUUAACAAACUGCAGUCUAAUUCAGCGCUCAGAGUCUCAUUCCAGGGAAACAUGAGGGUCGAAGGUACUAGUUCUAAGUGUAAUCGCUGGUAUUUCAAGUUCAAUGGAAAUGAAUGCAGUGGACCAAUGACGAUUGAGGCUGUUGUUUACAACUGGUGGCUAUCUGGGAGCCCUGAUCUGCUGCAUCAUCGGUCAUUUGAGGGAUACUGUGAAAACAUCCCACAAGGAACUGUUAGAGUGGAAUUAUGGGUAGGACAGUGUAGUGGUGUAGCCUUGGGUGAUGCUUACACUGGGUGGAAUUCAGUAUCUCGGAUAAUGAUUGAAGAAGUAUCUAGGCCNUUGAAUUAAAAUGUUUCAAAGAAGAACGUCUCCCCUCUCAUUCACCGUUUGCCAACACAUUACAUAAAUAACUAUUUAGUUACAUUUCCCUCAAUUUUGGUUCUUUUCGAACGAGAAAAAGAAAAACCAUCGUGCGUGAGAAAAUGAUUCCUGGGCAUAUGGAUAAAGACAAGAAAAAUUUAAGCUAUUACAGAGUUUUUAAACAUUAGGAAGUAAUCUUGACUGGAGUUGUUAGUAUCAAUCAUUACACACGGUUGCUCGCCUUAGCACAAUAUGUUUGAUUUGUUUGCUUUUAUUCCAGGACUGUGCGUUUAACAAACUGCAGUCUAAUUCAGCGCUCAGAGUCUCAUUCCAGGGAAACAUGAGGGUCGAAGGUACUAGUUCUAAGUGUAAUCGCUGGUAUUUCAAGUUCAAUGGAAAUGAAUGCAGUGGACCAAUGACGAUUGAGGCUGUUGUUUACAACUGGUGGCUAUCUGGGAGCCCUGAUCUGCUGCAUCAUCGGUCAUUUGAGGGAUACUGUGAAAACAUCCCACAAGGAACUGUUAGAGUGGAAUUAUGGGUAGGACAGUGUAGUGGUGUAGCCUUGGGUGAUGCUUACACUGGGUGGAAUUCAGUAUCUCGGAUAAUGAUUGAAGAAGUAUCUAGGCCCCAGUCCUAA